GAUUCUCUGUGGUCUGGGAUUGCGUUGGUAAUACUAAAUGUAACUGAUCAUCCUGUUUUGGACUUGUACCAUGGAUAAUCUAAUGGCAAAGAGGACGAGGAGGUUUUUGCACACCUGCAGUGAAUAGUGGUCAUAGUCUUCCUGUUAGUGAUAGUGGGAUAUUUAUUAUGGAUCUAAGGUUUCGUCACUCCGGCUCUACGCCGUCUGAGGAAUCAGCCUUGGACUUGGAAAGAAUUUGCUGCAACCACCUUAAUCUGCCUUCAUCGAGUCCACCUUUACAAUCUUUUACUACCACAUCAGCUGGUCAGGUCUCCGAGAGUAAUGCUGCAUACUUCUCAUGGCCUACUUCUAGCCGAUUAAAUGAUGCUGCCGAGGACAGAGCUAAUUACUUUGGAAAUCUUCUGAAGGGAGUUUUGCCUGAAACUCUUGGCCGGCUGCCAACUGGACAACGAGCUACUACAUUGCUUGAACUCAUGACAAUAAGGGCAUUCCAUAGCAAAAUCCUGCGCCGAUGUAGUCUUGGCACUGCAAUUGGGUUCCGUAUCCGACGGGGGUUACUGACAGAUAUACCAGCCAUUCUAGUCUUUGUCGCUCGUAAGGUUCACAGGCAGUGGCUCAGCCACAUUCAGUGUCUACCGUCUGCUCUUGAGGGACCGGGAGGUGUGUGGUGUGACGUUGAUGUAGUAGAAUUCUCAUAUUAUGGUGCACCUGCAGCAACUCCAAAGGAACAAUUGUAUUCAGAGCUUGUUGAUGGUUUGCGUGGAAGUGAUCCAUGCAUUGGUUCUGGCUCCCAGGUCGCAAGCCAAGAGACAUAUGGAACUUUGGGUGCCAUCGUUAAGAGCCGGACAGGAAACCGGCAGGUUGGUUUCCUCACAAAUAGGCAUGUGGCAGUUGACUUGGAUUAUCCAAAUCAGAAGAUGUUCCAUCCCUUGCCACCAAGUCUUGGACCCGGGGUGUAUCUGGGUGCUGUUGAGAGGGCAACAUCAUUCAUCACGGACGAUCUCUGGUAUGGGAUAUUUGCUGGGACAAACCCAGAAACCUUUGUUCGAGCAGAUGGGGCGUUCAUUGCAUUUGCCGAAGACUUAAAUGUGUCCAACGUGAUCACAUCUGUGAAAGGCAUUGGUGAGAUUGGUGACGUUAAAGUAAUAGAUUUGCAGUCCCCAAUCAACAGUCUAAUUGGCCAACAAGUGGCCAAAGUUGGGAGAAGUUCUGGCUUAACUACAGGGACCAUAAUGGCCUAUGCCUUGGAAUACAACAAUGAAAAAGGAAUAUGCUUUCUUACUGAUUUUUUAGUGGUUGGAGAGAACCAACAAACUUUUGAUCUUGAAGGUGACAGCGGAAGUCUCAUUCUUUUAACAGGACAAAAUGGUGAAAAACCAAGGCCUAUUGGGAUCAUUUGGGGUGGUACAGCCAAUCGAGGCCGGUUAAAACUGAAAGUGGGCCAGCCUCCAGAGAACUGGACAAGUGGAGUCGAUCUUGGACGCCUUCUUGAUCUUUUGGAACUUGAUCUCAUCACAACCAAUGAAACUCUUCAAGGUGCACUGCAAGAUCAAAGAAAUGCAUGGGCAGCAGGAAUUGAAUCUACUGUGGGAGAAUCAUAUCCUUCUGAAGCAAAAGAAAAAAUGGAAGAAAACUAUGAUGGGAUAAAUCUGCAGGAAGAAGAAUUGAUGCAGGAGGAGUUCCACAUUGAAAGUGGCACAGAAGCAACUCCUAGCGUUGAACAUCAGUUUAUAUCGAACUUUUCGGUCAGAUCUCCAACUGCAAAUUUCAAGAAUCUUUCGCCAUUGAGACAUGAAGCUGAAGAAAUUUGUGUGAGUUUGCAGUUGGGUGAACCAGAACCCAAGAGAUGGAAGCAAUCGCUUGGAGAAAACCUCGAUUGACGUUUACGGUAUGUAAAGGCUGUCUAUUUUCUCCCAUAUUCAUGUUCUUAACUUGGCUGCUAAAUAAUCUAUAACAACUGGAAUGCAUGGUUGAGGUUUAAAUAUGUGCAUUAAUUAUCUGUUUGUGUGCAUUCAAAACAUAUAUAUACUGCAAUGCAACUACUACUCUUGAAAGAGUUGGUACUAUUAUUCAUAAUUACAUUGAAA